AACUUAAAAAAUAUAGAGAAUGGGUAUGAGAAUUGAGAAGAAGAGAAGCUCUGCUUUGGUUGGUUUAGUACACAGUAAAACUGUUGGGUUCUUCAUUUCCAAAUCACUUUUUGCUCUCAAUUUUUUUAAUGCACAAAUUUAAUUGCCUGUUUUUGAAAAGAAAUGGAAGGAUUUGUUAAUUGAGGUUCCAUGUUCUUGUUCCAUAAUUCUAUGUUUAUGGUUGCUUUUACAUACCCAGUUGUUCAUACUCCAAUUUUAUUGCUCAAUCCCGCAUUUCCCAUUGCCAAAAUCCCAAUAUUUCUCUGAGUGUCUUCUCUCUGCGUGUGUUGGUUUCUGGGUUUCUUAUAGUUCUUCAAACCUCCAAUCACAGGCAGCGCUAAAUCCAACUCUUUCGCACAACCCCAGCAUAGGGCUUCGUUCCCCCUUCGCCUUUCUCGACCUCUUUUGUUGGAUCCGACUAACGAAGCUUAAAAUCUUUUACAUAAUACUUCCAUGUUCUUCCUUGUCCGAUCCCUUUAAAUUCCUCUUUCUUCUUGUUUUUCCCCUUUUCUUUUUUCUUCCUUUCGUCCCUCUCUGUGUUUCUGAUUCUUAUUGGGGAAUACCCAUUUCAUUUCAAGGGCUGAUUGAUUGAUUUAGCGAACCCCAUCUCUGAUCCGAUCGUUUUUGGGGCAUUUUCCAUUGAGAUGGCAAUGCCCUUUGAAUGAUGAACAAAUCCGUGAACGAAGACGACGAAGAAGAGUGUUUCUACGAGACCCUUGAUCGCAUUGCCUCCUCAUGUUCUUGUUCAACUUCCAAUUCCGAUGACGAUAGAGAUUCGAACGCGAACUCCCCCAAUUAUGAUUCCGAGCAUCCUUUUCCAAUACCCAAAUUCCCAAUGGCUGUUUCGAACUACGAUAUUUGGAUCUCCGAGCCGGCCUCUGUGUUGGAACGCCGUGGCCGUCUUCUUCGAGAAAUGGGUCUUAGCGGUGACCCUUCUCUCUCUCGGUCUAAUACGGCUUUGGAAUUGGAUCAUAGAGAAAAGGGUGCUGCCGAUUUUGGUCGAUCGGCGUCGUCGGAGUAUUUGAGUCGUCAACGACAGCUUCCCCCUGUCAUCAUUCGCUCGAAAUCGGAUGGUUCGGCUGAUUGCAACAGGAACACGAGCUCUUCACAAGCUUCCGGCAGUGAUGCUGAUAAUCAGUGUAAUUAUUCGUCGUCUAUUACUUCUCCUUCAAUUCUUUCAUUUCAUUUGGUUGAUGAGACCCCCACCACUUCAUUUGCAAAUAAUCGUAAUCGUUUAGUUGUUAAGUCCCUAAGCUGCAAGAGCGAGGGAGCUUCAUCGGUUGCUUAUAUUGCUUCACAGCAUAAGCCACCUUCUGGGAAAAAUUGUAGAUGGGCAGAUGAGAUUCGAAGCGAUUCAAUGGUUUUGAAUACCAAUUCUGAUCCUAAUCGAUCGGCAUUGUCUCAGAAUGGCGAGAAUAGACGAGAGAUUAGUGAGGAUUCGGGUUGUUCUACGAGUGGAAUGGUCGAUGAGAAAGUCUGCACUAUCAAGGAUCUUGACAAUGGGAAAGAGUUUGUUGUGAAUGAGAUUAGUGAAAAUGGUAUGUGGAACAAGCUCAAGGAAGUGGGCACUGGGAGACAGUUGACCAUGGAGGAGUUUGAGAUGUGUGUUGGGCAUUCACCCAUUGUUCAAGAACUCAUGAGGCGACAGAACGUGGAGGAUGGUUGUAAUGGUUGUAACGAAAACGUUGAUUUAAAUGUGAAUGGGGAUAUCGGUAGCGGUUCGAAAUUGAAAAAGAAAGGAGGUUGGUUGAAGAGUAUAAAGAAUGUUGCUAGCACGGUGAAAGGUCAAAAGGAGAGACGUAGCAGUGACGAGAGGGAUACUUCAUCUGAGAAAGGUGGAAGGAGGUCAAGCUCUGCAACAGAUGAUAGCCAAGAUGUUUCGUUUCAUGGACCGGAGAGAGUACGAGUUCGGCAGUAUGGAAAGUCAAGUAAAGAAUUGUCUGCACUCUACAAGAGCCAAGAGAUACAAGCACACAGUGGGUCAAUAUGGACCAUUAAGUUCAGUUUGGAUGGGAAGUACCUUGCAAGUGCAGGAGAGGACCGUAUCAUUCAUGUUUGGCAGGUCGUCGAGUCGGAGAAGAAGGGCGAGCUACUGAUGGAGAAACCCGAAGAAGGGAAUUUGAGUUUCUUACUUACAGCUAACGAAUCACCAGAGCCGACUUCGUUAUCUCCAAAUGUGGAUAGCCAUCAUGAGAAGAAGAGAAGAGGGAGAUCUUCUAUUAGCCGAAAAUCAGUGAGCUUGGAGAAUGUUAUAGUACCUGAGACUGUAUUUGGGCUUUCCGAAAAACCCGUCUGUUCAUUCGAGGGGCAUCUCGAUGUCGUGCUUGACCUUUCUUGGUCCAAAUCGCAGCAUUUGCUCUCAUCUUCAAUGGACAAAACCGUGAGGCUCUGGCACUUGUCAAGCAAAUCCUGUUUGAAAAUCUUUUCCCACAGUGAUUAUGUAACGUGCAUCCAGUUUAAUCCUAUCGACGAUAGAUACUUCAUUAGUGGAUCAUUAGACGCUAAAGUUCGUAUAUGGAGUAUACCAGAUCGUCAAGUCGUUGAUUGGAGCGACUUGCAUGAGAUGGUGACCGCUGCUUGCUAUACGCCUGAUGGCAAGGGUGCUUUGGUUGGUUCUUACAAGGGAAGCUGCCGAUUGUACAGUACUUCUGAGAACAAGAUGCAGCAAAAAAGUGAGAUAAAUCUGCAGAACAAGAAGAAGAAAUCUAGUCACAAGAAAAUUACUGGAUUCCAGUUUGCUCCAGGAAGUUCGUCAGAAGUGCUGAUUACAUCUGCAGAUUCACGCGUUCGAGUGGUCGAUGGUGUUGAUCUCGUCUAUAGGUUUAAAGGGUUCCGAAAUACGAACAGCCAAAUCUCGGCCUGUCUUUCAUCGAACGGCAGGUAUGUGAUAUCAGCGAGUGAGGAUUCACAUGUGUACAUAUGGAAGCACGAAGCUGAUUCUCGACCCAGUAGGAGCAAGGGAGUGACAGUCGUUCGAUCAUACGAGCAUUUCCACUGUCAAGACGUCUCCGUUGCUAUUCCUUGGCCUGGUUUGGGCGACACAUUGGAACUUCAAGACGAUUAUCAUGGAGAUGACAACACAAUCGAAAACCAUCUCGACGAAAUCUCCUCUGCUAACCAUCCUCCUACACCUGUGGAAGUAGCAAACGGCAGCGAGGAUUCACUCUCGGCAUCUGGUUGCACGAACAGCCCUCUCCACGGAACACUUUCGAGUGCCACCAAUAGCUACUUCUUUGACAGAAUCUCAGCAACAUGGCCGGCGGAAAAGCUGAUUGUGAAUACUCACAACAACCGUAGUCCUCAUUCCAGUGAAAUGUUUCAAGGAUCAUCAGCAUGGGGUAUGGUGAUUGUGACUGCUGGGCUUCGAGGCGAAAUCCGAACGUUCCAGAACUUCGGAUUUCCAGUUAAGAUUUAACGAGGCGUGACAUGAAAAUAUGGAGGCCUCUUAAAACCAGCACCAUUGGCAUUGGCAUAGAUUCAUUUGCUCACCAGUGAUUGGAAUUUAUAUGUACAGAGACAAAUGUUGGGUGAGAAUUGUAAUGUUGUUAGCAGAAUUAUAAGUU